AUGUCAAUUCAUCCCUCUAAAAAAGAAGAACGCUUUCUUUUUACCUCAGAAUCUGUUGCUGAAGGACAUUCUGAUAAGAUGUGUGAUCAGAUAAGUGAUGCUGUUCUAGAUGCUCAUCUCAGUAUUGAUCCAGAUGCCAAAGUUGCCUGUGAGUGUGUAGCAAAAACUGGAAUGAUUUUGCUUUGUGGAGAGGUCACAUCUCAAGCUAUAGUAGAUUACCAACAAAUUUUAAGAGAGACCCUUAAGAGGAUAGGGUAUGAUGACUCUUGCAAAGGACUGGACUAUAAGACUUGCACAGUUUUAGUGGCCUUAGAACAACAGUGUAAAGAGAUCAAGCAUGCUGUCUCCCGUGGCAAAAGUGACGAUAACAUUGGAGCAGGGGAUCAGGGUUUGACGUUUGGCUAUGCCACUGAUGAAACUGAAGAAUGUAUGCCCUUAACAGUCCUCCUGGCACACAAACUGACUGCAAGGAUAAAGGCUCUGGAACGGAAUGGAACAUGGCCCUGGGUUAGACCAGAUGGGAAAACACAGGUCACAAUGGAAUACAAGGAGAGUAAUGGCGCAGUGGAGCCCAUCUGAGUGCACACACUUGUGAUUUCAGUACGUCAUGCCCUAGACAUAGCACUACAACAAAUACAGAAGGAGCUAAUGGAGAAAGUUGUUAAAGAAGUCAUUCCAGAGAAGUAUCUUGGUGAGGGCACAAUUUAUCAUCUCUUUCCAAGUGAAAAGUUUGUAGAAGGUGGUCCUAAGAGUGAUGCUGGAGUGACUGGCAAGGAUACCUAUGGAGGCUGGGGAGCCCAUGGUGGAGGUGCAUUCUCUGGAAAAGAUCCCUCCAAAGCUGAUCGUUCUGCAGCAUAUGCAGCUUGCUGGAUCGCAAAAUUGCUGGUGAAAGCUGGUCUCUGUAAAAGAGUAUUAAUCCAGCUAUCAUAUGCUAUCGGUCUGAGUCAUCCUCUUGCGAUCUCAGUGUUUCAUUACGGAACGUCAGACAGAUCUGAAGAAGAACUGCUUGAGAUUGUGCAGAAAAACUUUGAUCUACGCCUUGGAGCUAUCAUAAGGGAGCUGGAUUUGAAGAGGCCAAUCUAUCAAAAAACAGCUUGCUAUGGGCACUUUGGGAGAGAAGAAUUUACAUGGGAAAUACCCAAAAAGCUUGUGUAUUAA